AUGGGCGGCGAGUUUAGCGAUCCAAAGUCGAGACGUUAUCAACUCUCCUCUGAAGAUGCGAGGCAAUACAGAGGACCACCACCCUCAUCACCACCAGCCUCUACAACAGUCAUGGAGAAGGUCCAGACCAACCUCGACGCGCUGGAGCGCAAGCUGGGCAAGGCCAAUAAGAUCGCGGCCAAGGGUGACAAGAUGAGGAUGGGCGACGCCGUCAAGCUGGCCCGCAAGUCCCAGUCCAUGUCGUCCACCAUGGACAAGGCUGUCAAGGAAUACGACAGCAGGCGCAUGAUGGCGCAGAUGACGCACAUCGUCGCGCUGUCCGAGGAGCAGGUCGACCACCUCAUCGGCUGCCAGGGCUAUCUCAAGGACAAGCUGCACUCCAGCGAGGCCCUCUCCCGCAUGAUGCUGUCCAAGGUGCCCCUGGAGAUGCGGGAGGUGGGCGAGGCGGUGGCCAGGCGGAGGAACCUGGCGUUCGAGCGGGCGCUGGCAGCUUAUGGGAAUGCCAUGGGGGGCGACGACCUCGCCGACGGCGCCGAGGACUCGGACUGA